AUGCAAAUCUACCGCGGCCUAGACAUCAUCACUAACAAAGCAACGACUGAAGAGAUGCAAGGAGUACCACACCACCUUCUCGGCUUCUUGGACCCGGCGGAGAAAAGUGGGGAAGGAUAUGAUGUGAAGCGGUUCGUAGAGGAUACGAAUAAGAUUGCUGAAAGGUUGGCCGAGGAGGGAAAGUUGCCAAUUGUUGCUGGUGGGACGACGUAUUAUUUGCAGCAUUUGAUGUUUCCUGGUCGAUUCAUCUCUACGUCUCCCGCGGACAGCCGAGUGGAGGAGAAAGUGGAUUUGACGACCGAUCCAGCAUAUCAGAGCUUAACCGAAGAGGAAAGGGAGUUGCUGGGGCAGGUUGGGUUGGGGAAUGAUGCGAAGGCAGAUCUAGCGGCAAGAGCAGCAGCGGAUCAAACGUUGGCGAUCAAGUUGUGGAAGCUACUUGAGAAGAUAGAUCCGGUCAUGGCAGGGAGAUGGCAUUAUAGAGAUUCACGAAAAGUGGCCAACUCUUUGCGAGUGUACAAGGAGACUGCUCGUCAACAUUCUUUUUGGAUUUCGCAACAGGAUCAACACUCCUCCACCACCAAAAUAACCUCCUCUGCACCCUCGACUGGGAUUAGUGGAUAUCGAAAACUACUCUUCUGGCUAUGGUGCGACCCUGCCACCUUGCGCCAAAGGUUGGACGAUAGGGUGGAUGAGAUGGUAGCACGUGGCCUACAGAAGCAAGUUAGGGAGAUGAGAGAAAUUGCAAGAUCGAUGCUUAACGACGCACUUUCCAAGGGUGAGGGAAAGUAUCAAACCGGUAUAUUCCAAACUAUCGGCUACCGGCAAUUCGCCGAGUAUCUUGAUAAACUAGAGGCUCUGACAGAGGAAGCCGAGGUGUUGGAAAAGGAGAAGCAGCAAUGGUUCAACGAAGCAGUGGAAGGGACCAAGACGAGUACCCGACAAUAUGCCAAAUCCCAACUGAAAUGGAUUCAAAAUAAGCUCAUACCCGAAGUUAGACGUGCUCAAGCAGCUCUCUCCUCAACCUCUUCCACCGAUGAUGUCCAGUUGUACCUUCUCGACACAACCGACCCCUCUUUAUGGAGCCAAAAUGUCCUGAACCCAGCCAUAGAAAUCCUUUCUCGAUUCCUCGACCACCAACCGCUCCCCGACCCGACAACGAUCUCCAACCCUACCGCGGCCACCAACUACCUUUAUUCCGGUCGAACGCCCAACCAAGCUCUAUCUAAACUCUCCCUCACUUCCUCUCCCGCAGAAGAAAGCAGAGGAGAGGGGGUGAGGACUAUCGAGGCAAACAAGUUGUUCACUUGCGAAAUUUGCACCUUCGACCCACAACAUCCAGUUCUGGUAAGAGAGGUCGAUACCAAGACGCAUAGAAAGGGAAGACAUCACAGGAAUAACGUAAAGAGGAAGAUAAGUGGGGAGGAAAAGGAAAAAAGGAUUCAGGACAAGAUUGAAGAUGGGGAAAGCAAGAGGAUUCUUAGGCAGCAGUUGAGGGCUGAGGGCUGA